AUGUCUGUUGAAACCUGGUCGUACUGUGUUGAUAUUAGUACAGAGAAUUCGAAGGUUCAUUUGUACUUUCGUACAGUACAGGCAAGGUUUUGGACCUUCGCACAUUAUAUUUGUUGGAUAUGUGAGAACACUGAGCCUCUUGUUUGGAACACAUGCGUAGAACAAUUUUACGAGUCUCUAUGUAUCAUAAAUAAUAUCAGAUCGGUUCCUCCUAAAGUUCGUGCGUAUGCGAAAAGUCUCGCGGAAACUAUAAAUGAAACUGAAAGCCAAGAUGCGAUAAAAACAAUUGAGGGGGCAUAUAUGGCAAUAAUAAAAGAAAGAAAGGAUAAAAAUAUUAGCAAGAACUUGUUAACGAACAAAAAAGCUUAUGACGAUGCCACAGAUGUUAGCAUCAAAAGAAAAACAACACAACAAAAAGUUUUACGUGAGCAGAAAAAGAGAAGAACAGACAAUACGGAUGAACUAUCAAAGAAAACAAUGGAAGAAUCGAGCUUCUUAUUCGAUGAAUCACAUGAGGAAGAUAUAAUUGAAUCCAUUGAUGAAUCUGGUUUGGGAAAGGAAGUGACAUUACCUGCUUUGAAAGAUUCAAAAAAGAAAAUUGAUGCUUCGAAUCAAGAAGACUUUUGGAAAAGCAUCUCCGCGAAAUUCACGAGUUACUGGGGAAUUUUCGAUUUGACCCUAGAGAGUUUCCACGGUUGCACAGAGUUUUCCCAGAACGAAAUUGAAGCAAUCACACAAGAUUUUGCAGAUCACGUCCAAUGGUCUCCACAACCAACUCCUAAAUAUCUUCAAGAAUAUUUCGAAUCUAAUUGCGAUCCAUCUAAGAUUGAGAGAAUUGAAGAUUAUUCAACGUUUGAAAAUUUCCACAUGAAUAUUAGAUUUGCAAUAUGUCAUAUGCCUUCCAUCAAGGGAGCUAAGACAGAAGAAUCACUCAAAUUUACAACGAUUUACCCUCUGUUUAAUGCAGUUGUGGACUCAUCAAUGGUCAAUGAUAUAUGGGGCGAAGUUCAAGUGCUUAGCUCUAACGAGGCAAGAAAUGAAAAUGAAAAACCUUUUGUUAAGGCUCACAUGGGGAGAAAGGUUGAUAUGAAAGGAGUCUUGAAUAGGACCUCAAAUAAAUUUGAGGCGUUAUAUGGGGAAGUUGCGGGCGGACUUUCCUCGACUGGAAUCUCACUUGCUUCACGAAAAAAAAUAUAUUUCGAUAAGAUAAAACUCGCUGUGUUGAUGAGAGAUUCACUCAAUCGUGUUCUUAAAGAAUGGAGAUAUUUGUGUGAUGAUCAGAGAAAAGAGCUCAUUGUAUACGGAUGGACACUUUCAGGUUUAGACUUAUCUUUGUAUGCCAUGGAUUGGGCUGGAGAUGGCAUAUACCGUUUCGGGAGAAUUGAUUGUUGUUCAUUUCCAUUUAAUAGAGAAAGUUGUAUUUUAUUUGAAAGCGUCUUUUGCCUUCUAAAAGAGUUGGAGAGGAAAUUAUCUGAAACAGAAAAAAUCGUCCAAAAGUUACAUUCUGAAAACAUUCGCGGAAAAUGUAGGAAAAUAAAUACACAAAAUAGUCCAGUUCUUAAUCUUAAAGAACUCCUAAGUGAAUUAUAA